AUGGGAUCCGGACAGUCGCAUUUUUUGAAUACUCCAGAACGCUAUGCGACAUCGUCGCCGAGCAACGACAGCUCCAACCAGUGGAGGAGCUAUGACUACGUAAUCGUCGGUGGAGGCGAAUCGAUCCAUCGGACAGCGGGUUGCGUCCUAGCGUCGAGACUCUCGGAAGACCCUGCCACCACAGUCCUCCUCGUAGAAGCAGGCAAAGGGCGAGCUUAUACGCUAUACACUCAUACGCGUCAUUGGAACAGUCCUCAGGAGCACAUGUACGGGCGAGAGAUCUAUUGUCCGCGAGGAAAGAUUCUGGGCGGAUCAAGUGCUAUAAACGCUCUCAUCUACCAGCACUGCGCACAGGAAGAUUUCGACGAGUGGGUUGGGCUUGGCGCCACGGGAUGGAGCUACGGGGAUCUCAAACCAUACUUCUCCAAGGCAGAAAACUAUAGUCCGAACACACUUUUCUCUGACGUGAGAUCGGAAGAUCGCGGCCGCACCGGCCCCUGGAAGAUUCGUCACGGUGUAUCGUCCGAUGUGAACAAGAUCGUCAUUCAGACCGUCCAGAACCUUGGAGUGCCAUAUAAUCCCGAUAUCUGCACCGGGAAGUCCAUCAUCGGCGUAACAGACUUUCCAGGAUUUAUAGAUGAGAAAGGCCGCAGGAGUUCAACGGCCACUGCCUAUCUUACGGAGGAUGUUCUCUCUCGGCCUAAUCUCUCCGUCGCGACUGAAAUCGUUGUUGAGAAGAUUGUGUUCAGCUCUACUGGCGGGGAGACUCGUGCCGUUGGUCUUCAUAUUCGCAAGGACAAAAACUCUCCACGGUUUGCCGUCCGAGCUUCUCGAGAGGUUAUCGUUUGCGCUGGAGCUAUUGGAACGCCUCAUUUGUUGCUCAUAUCUGGCGUCGGACCUCAGGACGAGUUGGCUCGCCAUGGCAUCCCUGUUGUCAAGGAGUUGGAACACGUCGGGAGGAAUCUCUCUGAUCACAUCUCUUGCGGCCCCCUUAGCUUUCGUGCGAAGAAGGGCUAUACCUGGGAUCAUCUGACUCGUCCUUUCCCUGGUGCUAUGGCCUUGUUCAAAUGGAUGCUGCUUGGUAAAGGCCCCAUGGCGUCAUUGGCCAGCGCCGGUGCCGCGUUCAUUCGCUCAGACGAUUCGAAUCUUCCAUAUGGGUCCAAGGGCGCGGAGGGUGGUCUUGUUGAAGACCUUACUUCUGGCCCAAACGCUCCGGACAUCGAAAUCGUGUGGGCGCCGUCCCUUUUUCUGAAUUACGGUUUCACUCCCGUUCCUGCGGGCAUGACGGGCAUUACUAUGGGUGCUGUCGCUCUGAAGCCCAAGAGCACCGGGAGGAUCACCUUGAAGACCAACAGCGUCUGGGACAAGCCCCUCAUCGAUCCGAACUACUACGCGUGCGAGACCGACCUGAACCUGGUUGUCCGUGCAACCCGACUAUGCCUGAGAAUCGCUCGAUCGGAACCACUCAAAUCUAUCCUCGAUCUAAAACCGCACUCGACCAACAAGUCGGACUUCAUGUGGCCGGGUGACGCCGACCCGGACAAGGUCACUGACACGGAGUUGAAGGAGUGGGCACGGAAGAAUAGCGCGCCUCCAUUCCACCCGGUCUCGAGCGCAAGGAUGGGAAAAUCUGCUGCCGACAGCGUGGUUGGGCCUGAUCUGCGAGUCCACGGGAUCCAGGGGUUGAGAAUCAUGGAUGCCUCCAUCUUCCCUUCGCAGGUAUCUGGUCAUCCAUGCGCGGUCAUCGUCGCGAUGGCGGAGCGGGCAGCCGAGUUGAUCAACAUGGCACCUCGAUAG